AUGAAUAUGAACAAUAUGCAAAACAAUAAUAUUGUUCCGGGGACACAAACAACUGAUGACGCAUCAACACUUAAAAGUCCAAAGCCAAGAUCUCGUUCUAGUAAAGGACCGGACGCUCCAAGGCCUCAUGUAUGUCCAGUCUGUCAAAGAGCAUUCCAUAGAUUAGAACAUCAAACCAGACAUUUAAGAACACAUACUGGUGAAAAACCGAACGUUUGUGACUUUCCUGGUUGUAUAAAGAGGUUUAGUAGAAGUGAUGAAUUAACAAGACAUAAAAGAAUCCAUACAAACCCAAAUCCAAAGGGUAAAAGGGGACGGAAGAAGAAGGUGGUUCAACAACAAAUAGAUGCUGAUGGAACAUCGUCUAUAGAUGAUACGAAUAAUGUUGAGACAAAUACUAUUAGUCCUGUAUCUCAAGGUCAAAUAUCUCCUCAUCCUACUCCUCAAUAUCCAAUAUCAAAUAAUAUAUCUCAACGACAACUCCCGAAUCCAAAUACAAAUCCUACUCAAACCCAAAAUCCAAGGCCUAUAUUAACUUCCUACGGUUCCAGUAAUGGAAGUAGUCUAAAUAAUAGUAAUAAUAGUAGUAGGUUAAGAUUAAAUGUGUUAUCAUCUUUACAAAUGAUGACACCUUUGAAUUCAGGGAUACCUAAAUCAUCAUUUAUGGAUACCCCUGAGUAUGGGUCGAAUAGAACUAAUGCAAGGAAUAGUGGUCAGUCACCUUUACUUUCAUCGAUGACAUCCAGUCUUGGGAUUGAAUUACCAAGACCAAAAUCGUUGACAGAUUUUGUCGCAGUGAGUAAUAAUCUGAACAAUUCUAAUAACGGUUCUUACCACUUUAAUCAAAGAAACCAGGUAGAUCCAUUGAUGAAAGUAAAGCGCCCAAACUCUGUUUUAAGUUUAAAUGCUUUAUUAAGAAAAGAUAACGAGUCAGAUGAUGAAUACGGUCAAGAAACAACUAUAAAAAACGAAGAUUUAUUAAGAGAACCUAAUGACGAGGAUGAUGACGAUGAUUAUUUACAAAUCCGUUCGAGAAAGAGAUCAAAAACUGCUACACCUAUUUUAUCAUUAAGUAGGUCAACAAGUGGUACGAAUCUAAGGUCUGACGUGUUUAUGAAUAUGGCAAAUAAUAACUCUAAUACAUCUAUACAUACAAAUUUCUCAAACGAAUUGAAUUCUAGAUUAUUACAUGUUCAACAACAGCAACAGCUACAACAACAAAAUCAACAAUUUCAAAAUAAAGUUUCGGGAUUUACUACACCUACGCCGUCUACGCCUUUAUUGAUGUCACCAAGUUUAUCAAACCAGAUGCCAUCUUCAGGUGGAACGAUGCCGAACGUUCCUACCUCUUCGUCAUCUACACGCUUAGAUACUGCCACAAUUAAUAACAAUGAUACCAACAGCAACAACAACAGUGGUAAUAACUCCACCGCAUUGCCUCCUUUAAGAAGUUUACAACUUCAAUUUCCUACCGGCCCGUAA